AGUAACGAUCAGUUUCAGUCAGUUGUUUUCUAUUUUUUUUUUUUUGAGGGCGAAAAAUACUCGGGGCUAUAGUUCCGAGUGAUAGGGCCUAACGACGCCACUGAUGUCCGCAUACUUUUGGCUAUGUACGUUCCCCCCCAGCAUUCAUUUUCCCAUCUGCAGAUUACAGGAAAAACAACCCAGGGGUCGAUACAGAGUUUGACCUGGAGGUGCCCUCCCUCCUGGACACACACUCUGGAGCUCCAGCACCCAGUCGAACACUCGGCCCGUGGAACCGGUUACCCGAAGGCCAUUCGUCAGCGUGACUCAUCGUCCUUCCUCGGUGUGUGACGUCACGAGACUGGCUCGAGGCGGACGUGUUGGUAUGAAAAUAGAGGAACAGCCGCCGGCGCCAUGUGUUUCUGUAACGCGGGACUCGGCGAAAGGUUAGAAAAAUGCUGAAAUGAAGCGUUUGGUUUUCUGAUGAUAAAUGUUUUAAGAAAGUAGCAGCGUGGGUUCGAUGCAACGGCGCGAUGUAGCUGAAGCGCGAGUGCAGGUUUGAGUUUCUAACUUGGACACUGCAGUUAGAGCGGAUAGGAAACAGCCAUCGAUCCAGAAGUAAAAACGACAGCUGGUGUGAAGUCAUGGAAGGGCGCACAGGGGCAGAUACAGAGCAGGAUCGGCAGUAUUGCGAGCUCUGUGGUAAAAUGGAGAACCUUAUGAAGUGUGGUCGAUGUCGCAGCUCCUUCUAUUGCAGUAAGGAUCACCAGAAACAAGACUGGAAGAAACACAAGCAGGUUUGCAAACAGGCCGAAAACAACCCCCGCCUACCGCACACAGACUCGGGCCAAGUUUGCCGAAAUAACCAAAAGAAGGAGCCUGAACCGCUGCAGAAAGAGCAAAAGAGCAAAAUAUCGGAAAAGUCACCGAGGACUUGCAGAGCACAUGUGGAGCCCGAGAGAAGUCCAGCAGUGAAGCAGCCUGAGGGCGAAUGUGACCCUGAACAGGCUGCUGAUGUUUUCAACGGGCAGAUGAUGAUGUCUCCUCAACAGAAACUGGCCACGGAGUAUAUCGGCCCAUGCAUGAAUAAACAUGGCAUUUGUGUUGUGAACAACUUCCUUGGUGAUGAACUUGGACUCGGCGUGUUAGAAGAGGUUCAUGCUCUGUAUAUCUCUGGGGAAUUUACAGAUGGACAGUUAGUCAGUCAGAGAAGUGACUCAACUAAGGACAUCAGAGGAGACAAGAUCAUUUGGAUCGAGGGAAAGGAGCCUGGAUGUGAGAAGAUAGCUGUCCUCAUGAGCCGCAUGGACGAUAUUGUCCGACACUGUAAUGGAAAACUGGGAAACUACAGAAUAAAUGGAAGGACAAAAGCAAUGGUAGCUUGUUACCCUGGCAAGGGCACUGGAUAUGUGCGGCAUGUGGACAACCCUAAUGGUGACGGGAGAUGUGUUACAUGCAUUUAUUACUUAAAUAAAGACUGGAAUGCCAAGGAACAUGGUGGUAUCCUACGGAUCUUUCCGGAUGGCAAAGCCCAGUUUGCUGACAUCGAGCCCAUAUUUGACAGACUGCUGUUUUUUUGGUCAGACAGACGGAACCCACAUGAGGUCCAGCCUGCAUAUGCCACUCGGUAUGCCAUCACUGUGUGGUAUUUUGAUGCUGAUGAACGAGCUCGGGCUAAAGAAAAAUACCUAACUGGUGCAGUGGAAAAGGGGGGAAAAGUGGAGCUGAACCGGUCGACUGAGCCGUGCUAAUGAACAAGAGUUGAACAAACCUGCUGAAUGGACAAGGAAGAUGAUAUGGAAUAGGUGUGUUAACCUUCAGAAUGUUAUCUGCUGCUUGAAGACAUGACUAUCAUGCAAAGGAAGGACAAAAAUGGCUGUGCUCUAUCUUAAUUUUGCUAGUGCUGUGCUAAAUGGGCAGGCAUGCAAUAAGCCACUACUGCAUGCAUAGGAACUUAUAAAAAGUGCUUAAAUUAAGCAAGUGUGUUUGUGCUGCAAUGAGGAAACAAGAACUCAUUUGUAAAUAUAAUAAAUUCUCAGAUAGCCCAAAAGAAACAUGAUCUCAGCAGCACAGUGGUGUAGUGGUUGGCACUGUCACCUCGCAGCAAGAAGGUUCCGGGUUCAAACCUCAUGGCCAAUGGGGCCUUUCUGUGUGGAGUUUUUAUGUUCUCCGCGUGUCUGUGUGGGUUUCCUGCAUCUUCAAAGACAUGCAGGUUCGGUAAAAAUUGUUGAACUUGUUGUAUGUCGCUCUGGAUAAGAGCAUCUGCUAAAUCCCUGUGAUGUAAUGAUAUAAUGUGCAAACUAUACAUGAGUAUACAACCAUUAACUCUGAUUUUGCAAUGGCUACAAACCCGUGCUUGUUCAAUCCAGGUUAUAUAAAAUGUGUUGAAAUUCUUUUUGCACCCGUUGUCUGGUGAUAGCAUGUUGUAAUGUCUUUGCCAUUAAUGAACAAUACAAAUGUCAAAAUGAAAUGUUUUAUCACAGACAUUAUGCCUUCUGAUUGUGAUCUGAUGCCCCUGUGAUCUCUGAAUUUAAAUUUUUAGUUGAUUGAUAAUUGUGCUAAUGACUACAAUAAAACCUUGUAGGUCAUUAGCAACCUGUGAAAUACAGACAUACCAACAUGGACCUCCUGAGACAUUAUUGAAAAUGUGAACUUCUCAUGGUUUAUAGAAAAUGGGCUAAUACAAGCUAAAACAUUCAGCACAAUAAUUUAAUUAUAAUAAUAAUGCAAAGGGAAAACUAACCUCGCACUGAAGCUGAGCAUGGCCUUGAAUUUAGCAUAAUUUAGCAAUGCAGCAUAUAUAACAAUAUAGCAUAGUUUAAUAUGCAGAGAUUGCCCAUCAAAAAAGUGUAUUGUUUAAAAAAGCAUGGGUUAGUACAGCAGCCAGAUUUAGAUAAUUUCUGCCUUUUUUUAAAAAAAAAAAAAGAUUAAAUUCUUAGUACCUGCAAAAGAUCUACACAGUGCACGCUGGUCAUUAAUAGCUUAAACGAAAGAAGUACCUUGGCCUUCAAAUACAUAAAGAUAAAUUACUAAGGUUGUUUAAUUCAUAUUAAUUCUGAGAACAGUAACCCAGACAAAAUGUACACUUUCAAAAAGCCGUUUGUGUUUAUUAGUAUGAUGUAACUUAUCCUGAGGUCCUGAAGGAAUAUUUUCUGUAAAGGGACAAUUUAAUGGAUUUGUUUAAAAUGUGUAAUAAAAUAAAUUAGGGUGGUUAACAGCAUUGAGGGUAUACACAUCAGUUUCUACAGGGAUUGUUUUGGCAAAACCUGACUAAACAUAUCUGAUUUUUAUACAUUAUAUAAUAGUUUCUUUAUUAAUUCUAUUAAUUAGAUUUUUGGUUUUUUUUUAACUUGUAAUAUUACUAUAUGGGGCAAUGUAAAAGAAACAAUGUAGGUGUUUUUAAAUUACUUUUAAUUGAAUUAAACGUGGCAUACAGUAUGUGCGGCGUAUUGAUAUAAACAUAACCUUUGCUGUUAUUUUUUUUAUUUUAUUUAAAUUAUUUUUUAGGUUUAUUGCUUCAUUUAUAAAAAUCUAAAGGCCAUUUAAAAAUUAUAAAUCACAAUGCAGUUUAUAAAUUACCACCACUAGCACUCUGUUUUUGAUUUAUAUCAUGAUAAAGUGCACAUCCUGGGAUAAGCUAAACCUGCACUUUUCAACUGAGCAAGGAGGGAAUGUGUCCUCAUACAGCAGUCUCUUAAAGAAUGAAAACCUCCAAUCAAGAUGAGCUUAAUUUUUAUUAAAACUUAAAAGUACAAUUGUUUCAUAGGUGUAAAUCUCAUUAGUUUAUGAUACAAGAAGCUUCUCAACUAAUCACAGUACUGUGCUGUUUGCAGUAUUUUUAAAUAAAAAAAAAAAACAGAUUAUAGGGUAAAUGGUGGCCACUGAGCAAAAUCCUCUGUGUAAUUAGAGGAGGACUUUUACUUUGUUAUAAAAGUUAUGAAUCUAAUUUUGUGAUUACAAAAUUGGUGUUGUCAUAUCAGAAAUUAUUCCAUAAUUUGGAAAUAAAUACACUGUCUCAUCUCGUCCCACAAAAAAGCUACUGUAGAACAAAUUGCUGAAAAAGUUAACACUAGCUGUGACAAAAAUAUGUCAGAACACACAGUCUGUUACAGCUGACUGCGUAACUGUAGACCAAUUAGUGUGCCCAUGCUGACCCCUACAACAGGCACGUGAGCAUCAGAACUGAACCAUGGAACAAUGGAAGAAGGUGGCCUGGUCUGAUGAAUCACGUUUUCUUUUUUACAUCAUGUGGACGGCUGGGUGCGUGUGUGUCCCUUACCUGGGGACGAGAUGGCACCAGGAUGCACUAUGGGAAGAAGGUAAAGUGGCAACGGCAUUGUGAUACUCUGGGCAAGGUUCUGCUCAGAAAUCUUGUGUCCUGGUAUUCAUGUGGCUGUUUUUUUGACACGUACCACCUACUUAAACACUGUUGCAGAUCAAAUUCACCCCAUCAUAGCAACAGUAUUCCAUAAUAGCAGUGGUCUUUUUCAGUGGGAUAAUGCGCCCUGCCACGUUGGAAAGAUUGUUCAGGAAUGGUUUGAGGAGUAUGAUGAAGAGUUCAAGGUGUUGACUUGGCCUCCAAAUUGCUCAGAUCUCAAUCCAGUUGAGCAUCUCUAGGACAAAUAAUUCUGAUCCAUGGAGAAUUAUUUGCAACUUGCAAGACUUGAAGUAUCUGCUGCUAAAGUCUUGGUGCCAGAUACCACAGCACACCUUCUUGUGGAGUCCAUGUCCAAAUAUUCGGCAGGUGGUGUUAAUGUUUUGGCUGGUGUGUGUGUUAUAACGAAUGGCGAUUGUCCAUUAACCCUCUGCUACUAAAUACAGUACAUGUGUGACAAGAGACACACCCACAAUUAAAUGUCUGUUUUAAUUCAAUGAAGUCAAAUGAAACUUUUUUUUUCUUAAUUUUGCAUUGUUUAUUGCACAUAGGCAUCACAAAAUGUAUUUUUUUAAAAAUAUACAUCCAUGCCGCUGCCUGUGAAUGAUUGUUGAUUCACGUAAAUUACAGCUGUGUAUUCCAUCUCUCUAGUUUGUGGCACUUUUAAGGGUUUCAUUUGACUUACCCAUGUAUUUACAUUUUAGAUAUAUAAAAUGUAUUCAUUUUUACCAUAUAGUGUUGUGGUUUAAUGAGAGAACUCCAUAUUCAACAAAAUGAUAUUUUUUAUUUAAUAUAAUACUUUCCUUGAGAUUUUUGCCAAAAUAUUCAUGUAGUGUACUUCAAUGUCAUUUAGUUGAUAGAAAAAAAAUACCUUGGUCUGUAAAGAAGUUUGUUUUAUUUCUUUACUUAUUUUUCCCUAGCUUUUAAUAGCAGUAAACAGUUUCUACAAUGUCCACUGAUGAUUGUUCACUGAGAUGAGAAAUUAAAUAAUUAUUUUCAUGUGUCACAUACAGUUUGUAGAGCUGGUUAUCCUUAAUGCUCCUUUUCAAAACUGAAGUAGUGGUUAACUUAAUUAUAUAUUCAGUACCAUCUAAUAGAUUUUCUGUUGUUUGAUUUGUUUUUCUUGGUGAAUGUUGAGGUUGUAGGUCUGAGCUGGUCAACUUGGUGCUGUAAGUGCUUUUACUCCAGGCAGGUCUUAAUCAUAUUUGAAGUGUGUUUGGAUGGCUUUCAGAUGAAAGUUGAUUUGUGAUCAAACUAAAUAAAAAGGUCAUUAUGAAACAUGCAUUCAUAUGACUGAAUAAUGAA